GCGAGGGCUUGCAGGAGAUUGAAUAGUGGCAGAGACGCUGUGAAUAUUGACUUUUUUUUAACCACACAACCAAAGUAUAUUACAAUACAGAACGGUUUCACGCAUAUUUGGGAGGAUAUAUCACCGGAAGAAGAUGGGUAGCUGCCUUACAGUUGGACCAAAUGAAGCCGUGGUUGUUUCUGGUGCCUGUUGUGGCUCAGAUGAGAAGACCUACAUGGUGGGGGGCUGGGCCUGGGCCUGGUGGCUCAUCACUGACAUUCAAAGGAUUACACUGGAGAUUAUGACACUCCAACCUAAGUGUGAGGAUGUUGAGACUGCUGAAGGGGUCGCCAUCACUGUCACUGGGGUGGCACAGAUCAAAGUGAUGACAGAUCAUGAUCUUUUGGCAAUUGCUUGCGAGCAGUUUUUGGGCAAAUCCGUCCCUGAAAUCAAAAGAGUGGUUUUGCAAACCUUGGAGGGACAUUUACGCUCAAUUCUAGGCACACUGACAGUGGAGCAAAUCUACCAGGACAGGGACAAGUUUGCCCAGCUGGUAAGGGAGGUGGCAGCUCCCGACGUGGGCAGGAUGGGCAUCGAGAUCCUCAGCUUCACUAUCAAGGAUGUCUAUGAUAAACUGGACUACCUGAGCUCCCUGGGGAAAACUCAGACAGCAGCAGUUCAGAGGGAUGCAGACAUCGGUGUGGCAGAGGCAGAAAGGGAUGCUGGGAUAAGAGAAGCAGAGUGCAAGAAGGAGAUGAUGGAUGUCAAGUUCCUGGCCGACACCAAGAUGGCCGACUCCAAACGAAAACUUGAACUGCAGAAGGCUGCUUUCAACCAAGAAGUCAACACCAAGAAAGCGGAAGCUCAGCUGGCCUAUGAGCUGCAGGCAGCUAAAGAACAGCAGAAGAUCAGGCUGGAGGAGAUAGAGAUUGAAGUGGUUCAGAGGAAGAAGCAGAUCACCAUUGAGGAGAAGGAGAUUGUCCGCACAGAGAAGGAGCUCAUCGCCAUGGUGAAGAGGCCUGCCGAGGCAGAGGCAUACAAGAUGCAGCAGCUGGCUGAGGGACAGAAGAUGAAGAAGGUUCUGUUGGCCCAGGCGGAGGCAGAGAAGAUCCGGAGGAUAGGCGAGGCAGAGGCCUGCUCCAUAGAGGCUAUAGGGAAGGCUGAGGCUGAGAAGAUGAGGCUGAAGGCUGAGGCCUACCAGCAGUAUGGAGAGGCAGCCAAGACUGCUCUGGUCCUGGAGGCCCUACCCAAGAUUGCAGCCAAGGUGGCGGCACCGCUGGCCAGGACCAAUGAGAUAGUCAUCCUGAGCGGGAAGGGCAACCGUGUGACUGGGGAAGUGAAUCGGCUCCUGGCUGAACUUCCAGUGUCCGUCAAUGCCCUCACUGGAAUUGACUUAUCAAAGAUCCCACUACUGCAGAAGAUGACCUAUGCUCAGGCCUGAAAACAAUCUCUCCCUUCUACUCCGAUAUCUGUUUUAUGCACUCCCAUAGACUGCCUUCAAUACACACACACACACACACACACACACACACACACACAGUGGGGAGAACAAGUAUUUGAUACACUGCCGAUUUGGCAGUUUUUCCUACUUACAAAGCAUGUAGAGGUCUGUAAUUUUUAUCAUAGGUACACUUCAACUGUGAGAGACGGAAUCUAAAACAAAAAUCCAGAAAAUCACAUUGUAUGAUUUUUAAGUAAUUAAUUAGCAUUUUAUUGCAUGACAUAAGUAUUUGAUACAUCAGAAAAGCAGAACUUAAUAUUUGGUACAGAAACCUUUGUUUGCAAUUACAGAGAUCAUACGUUUCCUGUAGUGCUUGACCAGGUUUGCACACACUGCAGCAGGGAUUUUGGCCCACUCCUCCAUACAGACCUUCUCCAGAUCCUUCAGGUUUCGGGACUGUCGCUGGGCAAUACGGACUUUCAGCUCCCUCCAAAGAUUUUCUAUUGGGUUCGGGUCUAGAGACUGGCUAGGCCACUCCAGGACCUUGAGAUGCUUCUUACGGAGCCACUCCUUAGUUGCCCUGGCUGUGUGUUUCGGGUCGUUGUCAUACUGGAAGGGCCAGCCACGACCCAUCUUCAAUGCUCUUACUGAGGGAAGGAGGUUGUUGACCAGGAUCUCGCAAUACAUGGCCCCAUCCAUCCUCCCCUCAAUACGGUGCAGUCGUCCUGUCCCCUUUGCAGAAAAGCAUCCCCAAAGAAUGAUGUUUCCACCUCCAUGCUUCACGGUUGGGAUGUUGUUCUUGGGGUUGUACUCAUCCUUCUUCUUCCUCCAAACACGGCGAGUGGAGUUUUGACCAAAAAGCUCUAUUUUUGUCUCAUCAGACCACAUGACCUUCUCCCAUUCUUCAUCUGGAUCAUCCAGAUGGUCAUUGGCGAACUUCAGACGUGCCUGGACAUGCGCUGGCUUGAGCAGGGGGACCUUGCGUGUGCUGCAGGAUUUUAAUCCAUGACGGCGUAGUGUGUUACUAAUGGUUUUCUUUGAGACUGUGGUCCCAGUUCUCUUCAGGUCAUUGACCAGGUCCUGCCGUGUAGUUCUGGGCUGAUCCCUCACCUUCCUCAUGAUCAUUGAUGCGAGGUGAGAUCUUGCAUGGAGCCCCAGACCAAGGGUGAUUGACCGUCAUCUUGAACUUCUUCCAUUUUCUAAUAAUUGCGCCAACAAUUGUUGCCUUCUCACCAAGCUGCUUGCCUAUUGUCCUGUAGCCCAUCCCAGCCUUGUGCAGGUUUGUAAGUGGGAAAACCUGCAAAAUCUGCAGUGUAUCAAAUACUUGUUCUCCCCAUUGUAUAUAUAUUUUUUUAUAUGAAGUUAAUUUUUUUUUAACCUCUGGUGCCUUAAUUUCUACAGGACCAGAAUAUCUGCAUGUACUGCUGCUCCUUUAUAUACUCUAUGUAUCUUCGAGUUCACUACUUUUUUAAUCAUGGAAGCCUUUUACAAUCAGUAGAUCACAUGGGAUGCAUUGUUAUCAUUUAGCAUGAACUGAGCCUUUUUUUGUUUAACUUAUAUACCUCUAGUCUCUACCUUACCAUGUAAUUUCAGUGAACAGUUAGCUGUUAAGAAGAGCAACCUCAGUGAUUUUCAUCCAAAGGUGUACUCACCUUGCCAAUUAUACACUUCAUGAUUACUGAGUCAUUAUCCAUUCUUGCUAUCAUGUGAUUAUUGUAUAGGUUAUGGAAAUUACUGUACUCUGUAUAUAACUUUUAAUUUAACUGAUUUUAUUUGUAUCCUUUUAUGAUGAGUUAUGGGUUUUCACAAUCAGGUGACAAUUUGUAUGAAGUGCUACAUAAAAUAAGGUGCUUACUAUCCUCAAAUUUAUUUAGGCUUCUACUACAAAACUCUGAGUAACUGGGAAUUCUUCCCACUCAACAAGCAAUCAUGUGUUUUCAUUUAGUUGUAUGUUGUAAAAUAAUAUGUUUAGUACAUUAUUCCUAACACUUUCAUUUAUAGCAACAAUAAUGGCCUUUUUUUUUAAACUAAUCACAGAAACCUGAUUGCCAGACCUUUAUUUCUUUGGCUAUGAUGCAUGUUUCUGAAUUGGCUCAAAGUAAGUUGAAGUACUGAAUUGACUUGAAGUUUGAGGGAGAGAUUAUGAAUUUUGUGGGAUGCUAUGAUCCAGGGUAAUUUAUUGAGAUAACUCUUUGCCCUGGAGAAGGUUCAGUAUGUGAAAUAUUGAAGGGUUUUUGAGUCAAAGAAGAAGUAAAAUGGUGUUACUCAUAGCCAAAUACUAGUCAUUGCACCUUAUCAUUUUUUAUUAUACACAAGUUUUUGAUUUUUAUAUAUAUUAUAAAAACACGAGCUGGGAUAUGUUUAAGAAAUGAGUUUGUUCAUUCUGUUGAUUUCUUAAUUUCAUGUUUCAUUUGAUUAGUGUGACUUGACUAACAUUGACAGACACUUGUUUUUUUUUUGGGGGGGGGGGGUUGCAGUUUUAUAUAGUAAUAUGUCAAUGUUAAACCAUGUAAGACAGCCCUUCAGGUUCUGUGCACAAUGUAAUUUUAGCUAAAGAUAACUUUGUAUAUCAUACACUUGUCAGAGAAAGAUAUCACUCCUGUUCAGACAAUGCUACUCAAUGUAUUUAGUAAUUUAUCUUGCUUUUAAUGAAAUAUAAUUGUGAAAAUGGGUAUAUGUGCUGUUAUACUAUUGUCAUUCCACAUUACCUCCAUGUUUAUGAUCUGUUUGUUGAGCUCAUUCCAAGAUGGAUAAUCACCAUCUGAUUAUAUUGGCUUUUUUUGUGGAGGUAGACUAACUUUCUUCUUGUUUAGUAUCACUAUUUACGUUAUCUUAAACAAGGUGGAGAGUAGCCCUUUGUACAAGGAUAGGGAAAUGGCAGAUCUUGUUCAUUUUUAAUAUAUGUGGAUGCCAUCAUCACUGAUUUGGUGACUUGCACUAUUUAACAUAAGAUCAUGGGAAAUGGCAAACCAAGAUGGGAAUAGUCCAGCUAUCAUGUAAGUAGACCGAUUCUAACUUGCUCAGUGCUUUUUUGUAAAGAAUAUCAGUUCUCAAACCAUGUUCAAUUGGAAAAAUGUUGUCCUUUCCCCCUCCCAGACAUAUCGUAACAUUCUUUGUAAUAAGUCAACUGUAAGUUACUACUAUGAAGGACUGUGAAACUGUUAUGUUUAUUUUUUGCUGCCCUCAUUGAUUUGACUCAUUGCAGCCAAUGUAAUUUUUCUAAUACUGUGAAAAUGUGUCAGUUGUGUAGCAGCUGUAAUUUUGAUUUUUGAGUUGCAUUGUGGCUUCACGUCCAAAUGCAUUGUUCUGGCUAAGCAUACAAUUUGUAGACAAACCACUGAAGAUAUUGUAUGUUUGAUCCAGAGGUAAUUUGGAAAUGUGCUUUUGUCAUUUUUUGUGUGAAAAUCAUCACUUUACUGUUGUGUCAAAUGUAGAGAUAAUCAUUCACAGUGCAUGUACUUAUGCCACCAGUUUUGUGAUAAUGUAGAUGUUUUUUCUCAACAGGACACAAGUGAUCCUACAUAUGUGUGAAUGUUAUUAAUCUGUAACAUUAUAUAAAAUUACCAUAUUUGUCAUCUGUCAUUCUAAUAAAAUUACAACAAAUA